GUAAUAAUGACACCAUUCCGUUCGAGUGGCUGACGAAGACAAGAUGCAGUUGGGGUUUUUUUACAACAAAGGAAGGCUGUUCCAAUAUUUGGCCACCCUUGCAGGAGCCUUCUCUAUUAUAAGUUCCGGCAUUAACCUGGGCUGGACGUCCCCGUAUCUGCCGAAAUUAACAUCCAAUUCAUCUCACAUACCGACCACGAACGACGAAGGAUCAUGGUGUGCCGUGGCCCCCUUAUUAGGCGCCCCCCCUGGUGCCAUAAUCGCGGCUAUACUGGCGGACAAAAUUGGAAGAAAAUUCACAACACUUCUGAUGGCACCUGUUGUAUUCUUCUCCUGCAUCGGGAUCGCGUUCGCCGAGUCGAUCUGGGUCAUUACCGGAUUAAGGUUCAUCAUCGGCGCUGCCGAGGGGGCCCUGUACACCGCGUUGCCCAUGUACGUUGGAGAAAUAUCCGAUCCCUCCAUCCGAGGCUUCCUCACAUCCACCAUCGCCCUGGCCGGCAUUUCGGGAACGCUCAUGAUCAACAUUGUGGGUUCUAUGACUGAUAUUUUCACCUCGAGUUUGAUCUGCAGCUUCGUGCCGCUGAUUCAUUUCACGGCCUUCAUUUGCAUGCCGGAGUCGCCCUAUUAUUACAUCAAAAAGCACAACUACAGGGACGCCAAGACUUCCCUUCAAGUGUUGCGGGGCACCAACAACAUUGAUGAGGAAAUGGAGGCGUUGUGCAAGGCUGUGUCCAGACAGGAGAACUCCAAGAAGGCCAGUUUCUUGGAUCUUUUCACGGAAUCCAGUAACAGAAAGGCCUGCUACAUUUUCGUCAUAAUAUGCAUGACCAACAAGUUCAGUGGGAAGAAUCCUUGUCUGUUUUAUACUGAAACUAUUUUCCAAGAAGCUGGUACCACUAUUGAUCCGUCCAUUUCUGUAAUUAUUUAUUCCACUGUGGAGCUUCUGGCUGUCGGUGCUACAACCUUUUUUAUAGUCGAUAGAUUUGGAAAACGCUGGCUGUUAAUUACUUCAACCCUGGGUUGCUCAAUAGCUGUUUUCUCUCUUGCCAUGCAUUUUUAUUUGAAGGAAAUCAUUCAUGGUUUUGCUGAGACUUUCUUCUGGCUACCAAUUACAGCUUUGGUGUGCUAUAACAUUUUGUUCAGCAUCGGUUUGGCCUUUGGUCCUGUCACAAUGCUCAGUGAAUUGUUUCCGACUACAGUUAAGGCGAAAGCUUUGUGCCUGGCUGAUACAUUUUCCGUUUUGAUGGGUACUUUAUGUUCAAAGUUCUUCCAGUUUACCAUUAACCAAUUUGGUAACAUGUAUGUUCCGUUCUUUUGUUUUUCGGUAUGUACUAUGACAGGGUUGAUAUUUAUUAUUAAAUUUGUUCCGGAGACCAAAGGUAAAACUUUGGAGGAGAUUCAGUACAUGUUGAUUGGUCAGAGCGACACGUCAAAGAGGACGGACAAUAAUGAAAUUGAAAUGCAAUAAGGGAACACUUGGUUGUUUUUUAAACGGACUGAAUUAAAGAACUGAUUUUGUUAUUUAUUAAGUUUUGGUAAUGAAAUAUAUUAAUAUAUUGUUUA